AUGAAUGAAUGCCCACGGCUUCCUCGGGCCCUGUCGGUUGGGCGCCGCAGUGGAAGGCCCUUAGUGGGUGCCAUUCCAAAAUUACUGGUCACCGAGGAAGGAGACGAAAACUCAAAUCUCAGCCUCCCUGUCCGGUCUCUCAAGAUUUCUCCCUGGAGUGAUGUUGAGUGGUCACUGAUACCGCCGAUUGUCUCCAGUUCCAUCCUAGAGAUCCGUAGUGGCAUGCAGCUCGUCUAUGACAUGCUCAUGAACUCCAUUAGUAGCACGCGGGUAUCCACCGCUGCGCACAGCCAGGUGGCUGCGCGUCUUGAUGCCUAUUACUUAGACUUUGGCAAGCGCAUUUCCGCCCUGGAGGUGAAGCUAAACAUGGCUCAGCUUAGGCAAAGCGACGUCUUGGAAAAGCUAGAUGCGCAGCAGAGAGAUAUCAUCCAGCAUACAGACUCCGUGACUGCAAAGCUGAAUGCACAGUUUGAACGCACUAAGCUCCUUGUGGACUCAGCUCUGAGCAAAUUCAGCCCACCCACAGAUGUGGAGCUAGACGCCAUUACGCUUCGCCUGUUAUCUAGCCCCGUAUUAAUUAAUGCUCUUCGAGAUAUGCAGUCAGAGUACUCAGCUGCUUCUUUCCAGGCCGUGCAGGAGCUCAAUGGUCGCCUGGAGGAUGUCGAACAGCAACUGAACCUUUAUAGGAAGAACGUCCAGGAAUUGGCCGAGAUUAUAGCAAACAACGAGCGGCACUUCAACCAGUAUCAGGCACGCAUCGGGGAUAGGCUGCGGUUACUAGAUGAGUUACCAAGCAAGUUAAAAGAGUUAGAAGGCAUGCACCAAUUAUCCCUGAAGCAAACGUGUGAUAAAGAAAAGCAAGCACAGUCUGAGCAAGCUAGUCAAGAAACGAAAGAUGCAUUAGCAGCCAUUAAAAAGGAACUUGGUGAGCUGCGCACCUCUUUAACAAGCAAUGCAAUAUGUGGUGAAAGAGCAUGCCCUCACUUCCAUAAUAUGCAGUCCUCCAUAGCACCUUCAGCGCUUCCAACAAUUCCAGAUUUCAAGGCCCCCUCUUUUGAACCAAAGAACUCCUUGAUGCCUCAUGGUCAUACUGUGGUUGAGCCAAUCUCACGGGACUCUAUUACUGGAAACCCCGUUACUAAGUCCCUUACAUGCGAGGGUGAAGAGAUGAAACGCACCCUAAGGCGUCAUCUCCCACACACACAAAAGUCUGAUGCACAGUCAUACAGCUUUCAGACUAAACGAUAUGAUGAACGUGAAGAUGGCUGUGAAGAUAGGGACGAGACAAUGGUCUACCAGGGCUCGAGGUCCACCCCAGGAACAGUGUACCUGAAUGAUCCGGAGUUUUAUCAGGAUUGCCAUAGGUCAAUUGCCCAGCCUGUUAACCCUCAUCGUUACAAGUCCACUGUUAUGAUCUCUGCAGACAAAAACAUACGUCCACGUUCUGCUACUAGCCAGCCAACGUCAGCCGCGCUAACUGUCCGUGAGCUCAUACCACAAAUUUCUGCACAGUUACCAUAUAAUAGUAAGCUAUUGCAGAGUCUAGUCGCCAAACUAGUGCCAGAGCUUCUCCCGUAUUUCCGCACAGGAAGUGAUAAUCAGGAAAAAGAAGAUGAUGUUUCUCCAGUUAAACUUCAGGAGAGGUUAGCCUCUAUUGUUCAACAAAUAGAACCCCUGGCUGCUUCAGUCUCUGUUGUAAUGGGCAGAAUGGAAACGCUGUCACAGACACUGGAUGCCGUUAUAGAAUCAAAAGUGAAGAGCGUGAGUGACAAGGUUGAAAAGGUUGACAAGGCUCUUACAGAUGAUAUACUCCAGAAGCAUGGGGCUCUAGUGUCUAAACUCAAUAGCAAAAUAGAGCUUGUGCGCGAAUCCUUGCAGUUGUGCAUCUCAUCCCACAUAAAGUCAAUUAUGGAUGCACUUGAUCUUAGAGAUAAGACGUAUGCAACUAAGACGGCUUUAUUUCAGCUUUCUCGGUCUGUAGCCGGUACAGACACUCGUAUCUCUCUCCACGAAGACACUAUCCUUCAACUGUGCCGACGUCUUCCCGAUGAGACUAAUCUGCGCGCUUUAGGCACAUUUACUGACGUCGUACGUGAAUUAGGAGUGGAGAACUCAUACACCUACGAUGCACCUAUAACAGUACCCACAAACUCCUCUGUUAACUCAGAGCUGUCGGCUGGUUCCACCACAUUUCGUGAUCAGCUGAGCGACAGGCCCAGCAAAAGACCGAGGGCUAUGAAGCGAUCGACAGUGGUGUCUGCACCGCCCGCAAGGACCAAACAAAGUGUGCAGGGUACCCAGAAUACACAAAUCUUGCCCGGGCAAAGUCACCUGGCGUCGUUUUGUGCACCCAAUCAGAACGAAGAACUGAUUAGAACAUCCCCUAGUCUCAAGGUAUCUUACUAUGACACUACAACACUAGACUCAGCAUCGUGA